UGGUGCGCUCCUGGAACCCCACACAUCGCCGGGAAAAAGAUCAUGACGGCGACAUGGUCCACGACGGAGGACGUGACGCGGCUUCUACCGCAUGAUGUGCUGGCUGACGUCCUCCGUCGUCUCCAGUCACCGCGCCACAUCGCCGCAUCCCGCUGCGUCUGCAAGGCGUGGCGCGACAUCAUCGACACCUAUCGCCUGCUUCGAGCAGACCUCCUCCCUCUCUUAUUGGCGGGCAUCUUCACCGUUAUGCACAGCUACAACUCAGGCACCCACAGAUACUUCUCACCCGUUUCAUCCCUGGCCAUCGCCCCCUUCAACUACCUGGACACCAAGGACGCCGAAUGCUUGACGAUCGUGCAGCACUGCAAUGGACUCCUCCUGCUGGGCUACCACGAGAUGAGGGUGCUCAAUCCCGCCACACGACAGUGGGCGUCCUUGCCUCCUCCCCCGCCCAUGUUCACCCCUGGCAUGGAGGACGCCGAUUGGUUUCUCGAGUCUGGCAAGGACCGCCAUAAUCAGUACAUUGUGUUUGACCCGACCGUGUCGCUGGAGUACGAGGUCUUUUCAAUCAAGUAUGUACCUUCCUAUCCCUCCCCUGAUGUCAUGCAUUUGGCAUCCGAUGAAAUUCAAGAACGAGAAUGGCCACCGUCGACAUUUGUCUUCCACGUCUACUCGUCCAACACAAAGCAGUGGGAGGAGAAGACAUUCCUUCGGGAAGGGGAGGCUGCCGGGAACAUUGGCUAUAUGUUAGAUGUUCCACCAACAGCCCAAAAUUAUGCCGCGUACUGGCGGGGAGCACUUUAUGUCUACCAGCAUGAAUUUCUUAUGAAAAUAAACUUGUCAAAUAGCAAGUACCAACUGAUUGACCUGCCGAAAGGUUGUGAUCCACAUUCUGAAAACUUUUAUAUAGGAAGAUCGGAGAAAGGAGUUUAUUGUGGUUUCCUUUAUGCAUUUGACGGCUUAUGUUACGGAUAUGAUGGGUAUGGACUUAAGGUUUUGUUACUCGAUGAAUCCUGCAGCAAGAUGAAGUGGGUGCUGCACGACAUCAAUCUUAAGCCUCUCUUGGCAGAUUUUCCAUGGAAUUACGAUAAUAAGCCCUGGACCACCGAAUAUGGCAAUGUCGAUGAUCACGGCGACGCCAACAAAGCACCAAUUAAAGAGGAAUUUGAUUGGGGUUUCGACUACUAUAAGCCACAAGAUGCUGCAUAUAUCCCCCGUCGAUAUGCCCUUUCUCUACUUGGAUUUCACCCUAACCAUGAGGUCGUCUUCGUCCAUACACCCUCUAAAAGAGUAGUGGCUUAUCAUUUCGAUUGCUCCAAUAUUGAAGACCUGGGGUGCUUCCCCACGGAAAGUCCCUAUGAUAUAAGCAUGUCUUUUCCAUACACACCAUGCCAGAUCGGUGAACUAUCAGACAACUAGUUUAAUGAUACUAUGAAA